AUGGCCGCAGACAUCAGGGCGUACCUCGCGGAGUUCAUCGGAACCUUCAUUCUCGUGUUCACCGUGGGCUGCAACGUCCUCAGCAAGCAGAGCGUGUGGGCCGGAGUAUCGAUCGCCUGCUCCUUGAUGGUUGCCAUCUACGCCCUGGCGCCGAUCUCUGGGGCCAACUUCAAUCCCGCGGUCUCCGUGACGCUGGGCAUCACCGGGAACCUGGCCUGGCAGGACGUGGCAGCUUACUCGUUCGUGCAGAUCUCGGCAGGUGUGCUCGCGGGCUUCCUCUACCACCUGCUGUUCGGGGCCGGCUUCGCCCUCGGCCCCGUCGGCGAGUUCUCGUGGUGGCAGGCGGGCGCGUGCGAGCUGCUCUACACGUUCAUGCUCUGCUUCGUGGUCCUGAACACCGCCUGCGCCAAGGCUAACGCAGGCAAGCACCAGUUCUACGGUCUUUCGAUUGGCUUCGUGAUCGUGGCAGGCGCGUACGGGGCGGGGGCCGUCUCGGGCGGCUGCUUCAACCCUGCCGUUGCACUCGGCAUCGAGGCGGGCAGCCUGAGCUUCGGCUACUCCCCGCUGUACAUCCUGUUCGAGCUCGCCGGCGCUGCGCUGGCGGCAGCACUCUUCAAGGUGGUGCGGCCCGAGGCCUUUGACAACGGGGAGCCAGCUGCGCUGCCAGCGAAGGUGACGUCCGAGAUCCUUGGGACCUACAUGCUCGUGCUGACGGUCGGCCUCAACGUCCUGGCGAAGUCCCCGUCCGGGGCCUUCUCCAUCGCGGCAUCGCUCAUGUGCAUGAUCUUCGCCCUGGGUGACGUGUCCGGAGCGCAUUUCAACCCCGCCGUGACUGCUGCGAUUUUGGGGAUCAAGAAGAUCGAUGCGAAGGAUGCCGCCAUCUACGUUGGGGCCCAGGUGAUAGGUGGAAUCCUGGCAGCUUGCACCUACACGGGCAUCUACCAGGGGAAGAGCUUCGCCCUUGGCCCAGGCAAGGGCUUCGGCCUGGCCGAAGUGGGAGCAGCCGAGAUCUUCUUCACUUUCGUGCUCUGUUUCGUCGUGCUGAGCGUCGCUUGCUCGCCCAGCGCGGAUAAAGGAAAGUACUCGGAGGUGUUCGGGCUUGCCAUCGGCUCCUGUGUCACCGUGGGGGGCUUUGCAAUCGGCAGCAUCUCGGGAGGAAGCUUGAACCCCGCGGUGUCGUUCGGCAUCGCGGCGGGCGACGCGAUCGGCGGCGCGAAUUUUGGCGGCAUCUUCAAGGAGGGCAUGCUCUACACGGUCUUCGAGCUGAUGGGCGCAGGCGCCGCGGCGCUCGCGUACUUCGGGACGCAUGCCGCGGCGGAGAAGGCGGAGUCCGCGGAGGUGUGA